AACCCUAAUGGGGUAAUCAACAGGGGUGCACUCGUGACAAGGCUAGCGCCCAACACCAAACUUGCGGUCGAUCCAUCCCGCGAUGAUCCAUAUCCAUCCUGCCGGCGCAGCCCGGCGCGGCCGGUUCAGUUCUACGUACGUACGUACGUGUACGCGACAUCGACAGCGACACAGGGUUAGCUUUCACACCCGUACCCGAACUGGCCGGAAGUGGGUGUAAUUUAAUGUCUACUAUUAGCAGCAUUUAAUGCAAUGGAGAGGCUUUCAGCUUGUGUUUUCAUCGGUCUAUUGAGCUGUAUGUUGAUCGAAAGUCAUGUUUGUGUCCACAAACCACCGCAGCAAAACCAGGUAAAAUAUGGAGUUCAUCUUCCCCGGUCAAGUCAUCGAGGUGAAAGGAGUACAACCCAUAAACUCAGUGUUCAUGUGGAAUAUGACAUUUCAAUUGAUGCACUUUCAAUCAGAGAAUCAUCAUUAAUUAAGAGACUUUUGCCGGAAGCCCUAGAUUUUUUGUCAAACCUGCUAAGUGUAAAACAGAGUCUUUCAACAGUUCUACUCAACAGACAAUGUGCUGGAGAACAUUAUAUCAAGAAAGCUGAUGGUCAUGAAUACUGUAUCGGAGGAUGUGAUGAUUAUACAAUGUGUGGACCUGUUACAAUACCUCAUCAACAUUUACAGAUAUGUUAUGCAUGUAAUGCAGACCAGACAGUGUGUGGUCCGGUUGGUAACACCAGUGCAGCAGGUGUAGGAAUCAGUUAUACAGAUUUCAUUCUUUAUGUGAGUGCAGUGGCAACGUAUGACUGUGAAGGAGCUGAUAUGAGUGCUCAUGCUUCCUACUGCCAGCUAGAGGCUGAAAUGGACAGACCUAUUGCUGGAUAUAUCAAUCUUUGUCCUCAUCAUUUGGCCACAGAGCUGUCUAAACACUACACUCUACUUACUACCAUUCAGCAUGAAAUAAUCCAUGCACUGGGUUUCUCUGCUGCUCUCUAUGCAUUCUAUAGAGAUGAGAACGGUCGACCUUUGACACCACGCAUGCCAUCAGGUCUCCCAGAAUUCAAUGCAACACUGGGUUUGUAUCAGUGGAGUGAGAAUGUGAUCCGCUCGGUGACUAGAACAGACUGGGAUGUCGGCCAAGGACAGAUAGAUUAUACUGUCAAGAUGCUUGUCACCAGGAAAGUUGUGGAGGAAGCAAGAGCCCACUUUCAGUGUCCAUCAUUGGAAGGUAUAGAAGUUGAAAAUCAUGGUGGUACAGGAACAGAGAUCACACAUUUUGAGAAGAGAUUACUAGCAAAUGAAGCUAUGACUGGAACCCACACCCAUGAGAGGAUCUUCUCCAGGUUAACCUUAGCAGUAAUGGAGGAUACAGGAUGGUAUGUACCAAACUAUGAUCGAGCAGAUCCACUCCAUUGGGGUCAAAAUCAAGGGUGUGGCUUUGCCAAGAAAAGUUGCAAAUACUGGAUGGAUACAAGAGUAAACAGAGGCGAAUCUAUCAAACCAUACUGCAAUAUAAUGUCUCAGGAACCUUUUAGUCUAACAUGUGAUGUAGGGAGAGCUGCUGUAGCUCUGUGCAAUCUUCAUGAAUAUUCUAGUGAUUUACCCAUAGAAUACCAGUACUUUACAUCUUUACCUGGUGUGAAUUCAUCUAGUCUGAGUAGAUUUGGAGGAUCAUCAGUUUUUGCAGAUUUCUGUCCAUUUUACCAGCAAUUUACCUAUCAGAUGGGAGAUGGGACAACACUUACAGGCACAGUCUGUAGAGACCCUUUAAAUCAUCCAGGUAUGACAUCUAAUCUAGCAGCAGAGAACUAUGGUCAAGGAUCAUUGUGCAUAGAAUCUGUGUCAGCAUGGAAACGGCAGCAGUGUCGGACCACCCAAACACAAAAAUCAACCGGCGCUGGUUGCUAUCAGGUAGUAUGUGAUAAUAGAGGAUUAACCAUUGUAGUGGAAGGAAUGAACUUCAUCUGUACCUCUCCGGGACAAAUCCUUAAUAUUGGAGUAGCAUCAAAUCAAUAUCUUCACACUGGUCAGUUAAUAUGUCCAGCGUGUGAAGAAAUAUGUCCAUCGUGUCCCUCGACGGCAGCCAUCUUAGAGCCGACACAAGGAUUGCCAGGCGAUGUUGGCGAGUGCCCAAGGUUACCACCUGAUGCAGUAGGCCAUUGUGCAUUGUACUGUGAGUCUGAUAGAGAUUGUGGGAGAGGGGAAAAAUGUUGUUCCAAUGGAUGUGGGCGUGUCUGUCAAAAGGUUGUCUUCCAAUACCAGAAAGCUCCUGAGAUACCAUGCAGUUCCAGUGAAACAGUAUUGGCUCCUACAUUAGGCUUAUAUCUUGCACAAUGGCUGUUGAUGAAGUUGGCCUGUUUAUAGCAUCCAUGUGAGAUAUCCAAACAUUCCCAUAGUUAGAAAACGCCUUUGUCCACCGCAUACGCCCUGAAGCCACAAGUCAUAUUGAAAUAUUACAAUAAAGACAGUUAUGAUAAAGACAGAAUGCUGAUUAAUAAGAUCUAUUAAAGAUUAUGUCAUAUCUGGCAACCCAUAGUAAGAUUACUGCUGACAAUUCAUAGGAAGACUACUGCUGACAAUUCAUAGGAAGAUUACUGCUGUAAACAAUGUUUAGCAUACCAAAAAUUUGAAAUAUGACCCUUUAUGUCUGAUUGCUGCAAAACUUUUUUUUAUUUGGUAAAUAUUAUUGUAUUCGACAUAUUUAAUUAAGUAAUAUGAUCCAAUGUAAUGGACAGGCAAUUUUUUUAUCAUGAAUGACCAACAGAAUCAAAUGGACACAAUGUUAUUUAUCAUGAUCACUACUUAAUGAAUGGUGUUUUUAUCUAUUUAAAAAAAUGUUAAUUAUUUGCUGACAAUUAUUCCACAUAUUUUUGUUGAUGUUUUUUUGUUCAUAACCAUUUCAAUAUUUUUUAUGUUAAAAACUUUCAUAUUUUAAUGUCACUGUGAUCACUGUUAUGAUGUACAUAUGAACAAUGUUGUUUAACCUUGGACAUGAGUUUGAAAAAAAACUACUUGAAAAUGAAUAUGACAAUAAAGUGAUUUUAUAUUUGACUUAAGGGGAUAGAUUCUGAAAAAGAUGUACUCAAAAUCUCGUAAGACCCAUGAAGCAUUUCCAUUUAUUAUUAUACAAGUGAUGAAUGUUUAUGAGUGCAAUGGACAGAAUACUUAACGAGGUGAAAGAUGAAAUGGAUCAUUCAUUUAAUCUUUCACUGAAUAAAGUAUUCUGUCCAUUGCACGAAUGAAAAGAAAUUCAUUAUUUGGUUUAUAUGACAUCUAAAAAAAUAGAUUCUUUUUCAUAUAAAAUUUAAAUUUCGAUGCAAAAUAUGCUCAUUCAGUGCGAGCUCGUUCUGUUGAUUAUCGAGUACAUACAACAUGCAUGCUGCAAACACCAGUGGUUUUACUUAAUUGUGAUGCCUGCAGUCUCGUUGCACGCGUGCAAUGGACAAAAUUGCACGAUGAAUGGAUCCAAAAUUGCAUGGUUGAUGGCGUCAUCGUAAAAUAGGCUGAAUGAUUAAUAUCAAACAACCAAUCAAAUGACAAGGGUUUAUGUAGGUGUCAUACAAUUUGUUUUAUUGAUCCAAAAUGCUAAAUGCACUCCACUGAUUUAUAUUCUAGUUGCCAUAUAUGGGUCCAUGGAUGAAUAAUGCUUGCGGUGAACAAAACAUGUGGGAUUGUUCACUUGAAUAGUUUGUUAUUCAGAAAAUUAGACUUCAGUGCCUUGAAACAAAGUCAUGAUGCACUCAAAAUUAUCAUUCUUGUGUACUCUUGAGUGAACAUUCAGCCAUAUGUUCUCACUUGAAUCAGUUGUUUCAAUUAAACCAUAAUUUAUUUACUAUAAUAACAAAAAAAAUUAUCUUAUUAUUUUUUUAAUACAAAUUUGCAGGUUUAUAAGUCCUAAAAUGCAAAACUAAUUAUAAAAGUCAAAUUUUGUUGAAAUAAUGUGGAAUUAUUUCAUUCCCUGGAAUAAAAAAAAAACCACAAGGAGGGUGAAAGGAGAUGAAAUUUUAUGUCAAGGUGAAUUUGACCAUAUCAACCACAUUUCACAAGAAUAUUGUUCCUUUAACACUGCUAAACCUACUCUGAUACCUUAUUAACCCUAUAGCACCUACAGAUUCCUAUGCAUAAUGGCAAUUACUCACUGGAGGAAACAAUAAAACUGGUAAUAAGUAGGCAUUGUUCCAAACAAAUUGAAAUAUUUUUUUAUAAAUUUACUUUUGUUCAUUACAAGUUAUAUUUAUUUUGUAGCAUAGAACCUGUUGAAUAGAAUGGUACAUGGCAAAGUUCAAUCAGAUGUACGAAUAUUGACCUUUGACAAUCGUUUGCAGAGCGAGAAGAAAAAAAAAAAAAAAGUUCGGGAUUCAGCCGCCCCAGUCCCACGCCUUCAAAAAAAUGUAAA